AUAAUGGAUCAUUUUUUUUUCAAUUGACUUUUCUGGUGAAUGACAUACCGGUGGUUUCCAUGAGCGUUCGUUUCGGAGGCGUUGGAUGAACUUGACAAAAACUUGUAUAUGGACUUGUCUUUGCUUCAGAAGCACGCACAUAUUUAUUGGCAUCACUAGUACUUGACUUCCAACAAGAUUUGAAGAAUGGAUAGAAGGGCACUACCAACAAGCUUAAGCAUGUUCACACGGCAGAAUAGAAGGCAUAAUUGGAUGGAAGAGAAGCGAGGAUCCCUUAUGGUGGUAGCCACAGUUAUAACAACCAUGACUUUCCAAAUUGCCAUAAACCCUCCAGGGGGUGUUUGGCAAUCAAACGCAGACAGCGACCAAGAUUGUGCUACUGGUAAUAAAACGUGUCAUGCUGCAGGUACAUCGGUGUUUGCCUCUGCAGCUAACCAUGACCUUAAACUUGGAUACGAGAUAUUCAUACUGUUAUGUACCGUUUCUUUCUCUGCCUCUCUCACCACAAUCCUGUCACUCAUUUGUGGAAUUCCCCUCCGUAACAAGUGCCUCGCGUGGUUGCUCAUAAUAUUUAUGUGCAUCUCAGUAAUUUGCACUGCAGGAGCAUAUGCUAUUUGUAUUUGGUUGGUAUUGAACCCAGGUAAUGAUGGAACAAUUAAUCAAAUCACCCGUUACUACGCACUCUUUUGGGGUGGCUUAUCUCUUUUGCUCUGUCUUGUGUUCUUCUGCCGCUUUGUCUUUUGGUUGCUCAAGUUCUUCUUCCGCCUUUUCUGUUGCUGCUGCUCAUGUGUUCAGGAUUCCACUCAAGAAUUUAUCGUUACCAAUUAAUUAAGUGUACCCAUGAACUUGCUGAUUAAUUUAUACUUAUCAAUGAUCGUGUAUCUAAGUUUAGGGAUUAAUGGAGUGUUUGUCUGUUCUUUUUUUAACAAAAAAAUUGUAGAAUGAUCAUACCAUAUAUAUAUAUAAGAUCUAUAACUCCAUGUAUACUAUAUCUUCCCGU